AUGCCGGGAGGACGAGGGGCGAAGAAGAGUGGACGUGGUGACGAGGACGCGCCGGAGGAGCACAAGGACCUGGAAACAGUCGUCCGCGACGCUCGGAAGGCGAAGAAGGCUACUCGCGAGAGCGAGGCAGUGCAAGGUGGGGACAUCGAGGCGUCUGCAGUUCAAGGUCAGCCUGCUGCUGGAUCGCAAACUCAGGAGGAAGAAGUUUCCCCUGGGUUCCAAGGUUCGACAGAGGUGAAUUCUGGGUCGCGGAUUCCUGAAGUCCCAGAGGAGCACACCCGCGAGGGUGGUGCUCAGGCGUCUGAGGGAGGCGCCAAUGCGGUUGAGCCGCCGGAGGUGAUUGACUUGGUCUCAUCUUCGGACGAGUCUGUUGUGGAAGUGAAGUCGGAGCCCGUGCGAGCGAAGGAGGAGGUGAAGACUCAGAGUUCCAAGGUGAAUUCUGGGUUCGCACCACCUGAACCCAGAGUUUCAGCGCCAAGUUUGCAAGCGGCACCCAGGAAGACGCCUGAAAGCGACAACCGGGAAGUUGCUGCGCCUGCUCCGGAAUCGGGAGCAGCAGCGUUGGACGCCGAGAGCAUGGUGCUGUACGUUCGACGUGAAGUUCGACGCUGGGAAGAGGUGAAUCCUGGUAAGGUGACGCCGCCAAGUGUCGUUUAUGAGUGGCCGGCUCCAAAACUGGAUGCCAACUCAUACUUCGCGGCCGCGUAUGCAACGGGAGACUACCUCAAGUGGCGUUUGUCUCUGGAGAAUCAAGACGAAGCCUGGAUCUCUGAGUUUCACCUCGCCCGGUGGGGCGUCGGAACUGCUCAGGACCUCAUGGCGACUACGAUUCCCCAGAGUAUCAUGACCACCCGCGAUUGCGUCGCCAUUCUGCAGACUCUGUUCUUCGAAGCCGGAUUUGAGUUUGUCAAUUUGAUCCCUGGCUGGUCUUCGACGCGUGCUUCCAGGAUUCCAGAAAGUCUGGUGCGCUCUGUCAUGGAGGAAACCCAGAAUUUCAUCGCUGUGGAACUGGUCGAGUGGCGAUUGGUGAUAGCUGGUGUGCCUUUCAAGGUACACUCCGAAGAUCACGCCGCACCAAGCGCCCAAGAGCAAGCACCAAGACUGGACUACCACAAGGAAGAUGGAGACGGUGAUCUAUUGAUGACGGACUACGAUGCGGAUCUACUGGGCCGACAGUUCGUCCUGAGAUUCAGAGUCACUGGUCUCAGGAUUUCACGGAGCCCACGAGGGUCGAGUGAUGGUGAGCCACGAUCCAAGCGUACUCAGCAUGGACCGCCUCGGCCACAAGUUCCGUCAACGCCAUCCGCGCUGUCUACACCAUCGCUGUCCUCUCUUCCAGCGUACAAGUUUUCGACUGGUGCCUCGCUUCAGAAUUCCACUCCCCUGAAUUCCACGUCCAAUGGACGUGAUGCUCUGGAGGCGGAAGCCAAGAACGCUACCCCAGGCGCGGUGCCAAGUGUCAUCGGUACCUCGCGCGCUUCGGAUGAGAGUACUGCCUCGGGCGUUCAAACGUCUUAUGGUAGUUUUUCGUCUUCGUCGAUGAUGUCGCUUGGACAACGAGUUGGAGCUCUAGCGCUUGUGGCCCAGAGUGCCGGUGGCUUUGCAGCUGCCGGUGAUCUUGGAUUUCAGGUCACCCGGACAGUCAUCCCGUCGCGUAUUGUGUCAGUCGACCAAGAUGACGUUGAGAUGGCAUCGUCGGUGCACUCUGACCCAGAGAUCGCACCCAGGAAGGCCGGUCUCCCCAAGAUUUCAGCCACGACUUCCGAGCCGAAACUCAGGGUUUCUGCCCCGAUUGCUGGAUUUGGUGGUCCAAGGGAUGUCAGUGCCGAUAAGCGGAGUCAACACCAGAGCUCUAAGAGCGAGGUGCGCUCUCGACGCUCGACGAAAUCCAGAAAAUCAUCUGCGUCGAGCCGCUCGAGUGGAUCCAGGAAUCUUGGGUCAGUUUCGUCCGUGUCCGCGAGGUCUGGGCCCGCCCAAAUGAAGCUGUACGUCUUGAGCCACGAAGCCGAAGCCGACUCGGAGCGCGCGCGCUGGGUUUCCGAGACCUACGCCGCUUGGAAGGAACAAAUGUCAACUAUGGAGCAGAAGGUCCGAGAACUUGAGGCGGAGAAAGAGCGAGAGCGGGAGUCUUCCGAGAAUAUCCAGCGCUUCCACGCCGGCCAAGUGCGCAAUCUUCGUGCAACAUUGGCCCAAGUUCAAGCGCGUCGCGCAACCGUCGCCCCUGAUUUGGCAACAAAUGUGGGGUCGUCAGUGGCUCAGAACCCUGGAGUUGCAACCCGACCCCAAGAAUCCAGUGGCGUAAUCAACGGAAACGCAAGUGUCACUGGCCAGAGACGGGAGACAGCUGAUCCGAAGAACACGUCCGAAGUCGCCGCCUCCCAGCUGAGAGCGACCCUCGUGCAGACUCCCGCAGACACUUCCGGCAGAAUCGCGCGCGUCAAGCGGGGACGUGGCGCUACGGAGACCAAGGUGACGCAGGAUGUCAAGCUCGGGCCUGUGUCUCUGGGGAAGACGUCGGAUCCCAGGAGAACAGCGACCUCUAAGGCCUCGCAGGACUCUAAAGCAGACUCCAAGCGCUCGGCAUCCAAGAAACACCAGCAGAAGAAGAAGAAGCGUCAGGAUGUCAAUCCACCCUCGGACUCAGACCCAAGCUCCGAUUCCAGCGAUGAUGACUCGUCCUCUGAGAGUUCGGAUAAUAGUUCGGACGGGAACCCUGGGGUUAACCUGACGACGGCUUCUACGGCUCAAGCUGGCACUACGCUCCUGACGUUCAGACCGUACAUCAACUCGAAUACUCUGGGUGAGUUCGAUACUAAGGCGUCACUCAGGGAACGCGUGCAUUGGUGGGAGCGUUUUGCAAACAUGGCGGCUCAGGGAGGUUGGUCUACGAAAAAGCGAAUUCAGGAACUCAAGUUGAAACUCUCGGGAGCUGCGCGUGACUGGUUCAACCAGUUGCCCAAACACACUCAGCGUGACUGGAAGGAGUUGGCGUCUGCAUUCAGGAAGAAGUACUGCUAA